CCACUUGUAGACUAGAUUAGAUUGACUUGCCAUAACCGCUUCUUAUAAAAUAAAACCAGUGAAACAGAGAUUGUAAAGGAGAGAGCUUUCGCCAUUGGAGAAAAUCUUCCAUUUGGAUGAUCGAUCACCGGUGAACAAUGAGAGGCAAAAACGUCAAAGCCAACUGGAGCUUGAAGACGAAGCUAGGGCUACCGUCCGUCUUCCUUCUCUGCAUCUUCUUCUUCCUUCUCGGAUUUUUCGGCUCUAAUCUUUUCGCGCAGGAUCAAGAAUUUUCUGGUGGUGCUAGAGCGAGAGAGAGAAGACUGGAAUCGACAAAGGAAGAAACAGAGUAUGAAUUGUUGCCCACUGGAGAGACCGGUGACGAUUCAAUAACUUCGAUCCCUUUUCAGGUGUUAAGCUGGAACCCUCGGGCCCUUUAUUUUCCUAAUUUCGCAACUGCAGAACAAUGUGAUACCAUAGUUAGUUUGGCGGAGCCAAGCCUAAGACCGUCGGCAUUGGCUUUACGAAAAGGAGAAACAGAAGACAACACAAAGGGAAUUCGAACGAGUUCUGGCAUGUUUAUUAGUGCUUUUGAAGACAAAACAGGGACUUUGGAAGUUGUUGAGGAAAAAAUUGCAAGGGCAACAAUGAUUCCCAGAAUCCAUGGCGAGCCUUUCAACAUUUUGAGGUAUAAUCUCGGUCAGAAGUAUGACUCUCACUAUGAUGCAUUCAACGCAGCAGAGUAUGGUCCACAAAAGAGCCAAAGGGCGGCCUCUUUUUUGUUGUAUCUGUCUGAUGUGCAAGAAGGUGGGGAAACGAUGUUUCCUUUUGAGAAUGGUCUUAACAUGAAUGGGAACUAUAAUUUUGAGGAUUGCAUUGGUUUGAAAGUGAAGCCUCGGAAAGGGGAUGGGCUUCUGUUUUAUUCGUUGUUUCCCAACGGUACAAUUGAUCCGACAUCACUUCACGGUAGUUGUCCUGUAACCAAAGGGGAAAAGUGGGUGGCUACGAAGUGGAUCAGGAAUCAAGAACUAGAGGAAUAGCAUUUGUACAUACAUGUAAGUGUUUUUUUAAAAAAAGAAAUUCAUUUUGGGCAAUGCUUAGAAUUUUUCAUUGAAUAUUUGACCUACCGCUCUGAGAGUUGCAGUGCAGCUGUACCUUAAUGUAAAGGUGGGGACAUUAAGAGUCGGGUAUUCUUUUAAUAAUAACUCAGUUUCCAACUCAA